AUGGGAAAGACUCAUCAUUUGCAAGUGAGAAUUUCACCAGAAAGGUUCAUUCAAGUUGAUAUUGCUGAACCUCCCGGUGAUUGGUUUACAGAUGGACAUCUUCAAGAAAUAUUAGUUGCAAUUGGAGAUCAAUUUUAUGAUUUAUACAAUCUAGAAAAUCCAAAAGUUUUUAGAACUCCUAGAUGCUCAUUUAGUGUCUUUACACAACCAAAAUCAUUUAAAUCAUACAUAUUUACUCCAUCUCAAGAAGAAUCAGGUUAUUAUGGUUUAUCAAGCAUCCCCAAAAUACUUUGUAUCAGAGUUCUAGGAAGAGCAGAUGUAGCUGAAAAACUUCAGCGGCAAACUACCCUUGAUUCGGCUUUGAGAAUUGUUCGAACUUAA